GUGAACCUGAAAUAAUUAAUGAUACGACACAGUAAAUCGGUAUUUCGAUUAAAUCCGAUGAGAUUUCGUUUAAAAUAAUCGCUCUUCAAGUACGUUGACUCAAUUACCCUCGCUCAUACCUGCCCUCAAUUAUACUCAUUUUUUCGCGUUUAAUACAAAGCUUAAUAAAGGCGGGAAACAAGAGUGAAUUUCUAUAAUAUUUUUGCAGUCCGUUGAUGAUUAUUACAUUCAGUAUUUAAUGAAUAUAAACCGCGCACAUUAAGCGUUUACUGUAUGAACAUUGAUUUCGACACAUUAACUUUUAUGAUCAUUGAAUAUAUUCAGUUUACCGAUAAAAAUUCGUCGAACAAUCAACAUACUUAAUCAGCGAUAGGUAAUUUUGAUUUGAAAUAAGUAGUUUUUAAGUACUUUUGUAAUAAGUUUUUGCCUCUCAUAUUACUAGACUCAGUAUCUAAUUAUCAAAAUGUUUCAAAUAUUUUUAUUAAAAUUACGUAAUAGUAUUAAUUGAAUAGUGCUUGUUACUAUAACGGAAUAUUAAAUAAUGAUGGAUCAUGUAAAUGAAACUGUUGAUUGUAUCUUCUACCGGUAAAUUAUUUCCCUAUUCCACAAUUAUGUUAAUACUAGUGUGAGUUCAAUGACUCUUUGGUAAUUAUAAAAAACAAAAGUAAUUCGAUAAGUUACAUUAUUUAUAAAAGAUUUGUGUAUCUGAAAUUUCCCCUUCCUGGAUAAUAAUUAAUAAAUAACUAUAAAUUUCAACAUAAAACAAUUCUCUACCAAGAUUCCAUGCUUUUAAUCGUAUUCGUAAAAAUAUGAUCUUGCAUAAAUACUCGCUAAAUUAGCAUAUUAAUAAGACAUCUGGAGAGUUGACAGGGUACAUCCUCUUAUCGAUCAGCUUAUCAAUCGUAUCGCGGAAAUCGAGCAAUCCUGAAAGCUGGGUUGACCUACCUCGAAAAAAUAACCAUGACCUGUACUACGAUUAUACGCCUGGCUGACCGUACGAUGAACAACCAGUAUGGUACGCAUACAUAUAACGAAUAACUUAGGCGGGCACCAGAGCGUUUCUCUACACCGUUACUCGUAUUGAAGUCUUUUCUCUCCGCGUGUUGGUCACCUUGUUUCAUAUCGAAGUUUCAUACCGCGCUGGACAUCGGCGGGAAUGGUAAAAAGGCGCCUUGGGCUCGAUAUCGAGGAAAAAGCCCAAGGCAACCCACGUUAAUUAAAGAAAUUACUUUAUCUAUAGUCGCGAGAGGUCACUCAACGUUAUCGUCCAGAUGUUCAGAUGAAAAAACGGCCGUCUCGAGGACAGUGACACAGCUGAACAGAUGUUAUUUCACGGUGAAAUAGUUCAAAAGUUUGUUAGUAAGGUUGCCGCCACCGUUGCCCAGGAUUACGAGGUCUCUGACAUUCAGUGCAGCGGCGCAGGAUCAGCAGCCGAUCUCCUGACAGCGAAGAUCAAAAGACCAGUUGGCUUCAGAGGGGCGCCGCUCUUUGCCGACGACAGAUCCGCCAAUCCGCUUACCGACAUUCACUGCCAGAUCAGGCCAGAUCCCAAUGAUCCUCAGGAAGAUAACUAUUUCCUGAAGGUGACUGACUUCUCAAGAUGCGGCAUCCUGAAGAGAAACGGUUUCAUUCACCUGCGAGUAUGGUUUCCGGCAUUUCCCGGAGUCGUCAUGCUAGCCGAUCAAGAAUUAAUCUUAAUGUGCCGACCACCUGAGCCCACGUUACUCCGUCACAAAGCUGCCGGUUUCGCUGGAACCUUUCCUCACGGGGCAAGAGUAUCUGGGGUGGUCGAAGAAACACCUGGACGACUGGAGUACGAGGUAGCCCUUUACCGCGAAGCUACGGGCAACGUAUCGGACGCAUCGGGGUCGCAGACUGUCGAUCAAGCGGUUCCCAUUGGUACAAAACUUCAGUUAAGAGCUCGAAUCAGUGCAGACAGUGCAUGGGGUUACAUUAAACUGUUGGAAGUGACCGUUAGUCCCGAUCCCGAUCAGCCUCACGCACCAGGAAGUGUCGUGUUGGUGAAGGACGGCUGUAGAAAUCGAGAUUUCGCGUCAAUAAUUCCUCAUCAACCAGCCCGUUAUCGAGAGAGAAAGAACGAAGUUUUCCUCGAUUUCGAAGCCUUUCUCCUCAGUUCCAUGAGAGAACGUUCCACGCUGUGGAUCCACUCGCAGAUCAAGGCUUGCAUGGAACCUCAGGACUGCCAACCGGAUUUUUGUCUCGAUCUUUUUGAACCAUCGGGACACGGAAAAAAGAAAAAACGAUCUAUCGUAGAAGGUACGAACGAAUAUUUUCCUAAAGUCGACCGCUUGAUAAAGGAAUACAACGAUUCGAUACCUUAUACGAAAUUUAAGGAAAAUAUCGAAUACACGGUGAUGAUGCCUGAUGAUAUAUAUCAGAAAGUGACUGCUGGACUUGAAAACAGUUGCGGUAGUUUUCUUUACGUUGCAACAGGACUUGGUGCACUUCUGGCUUUAUCAGCUUUUAUCAUGUGCUAUCUUGCAACAAGACUUCACAAUUUGUCGUCAACUAUACCACAAAAUAAAUCGAUUGACGAACUAGUACGAGAUCGUGCUAGAAAAUAUUCUGAACAAACGCCAGGUUACACCGGCCGAUCUACGGUACAAUAGCAAAAUGCAAAUAUUAUAUUACAUAUGUACUUUAUUAUGCUCAAUCAAAAUGAAACAGUAGUUUUCGUGAAAUGAAAUAAGAAACCAAAUUAACAGAACGACUUAUGAUACGGAUAUAAGCAAAAUAUCAUAUAAAAAUAACUAAAUUGUAUUAUAACGUAAUAUUUUUUUUAAUAUCUGUGAGCGUUAAGAGAUUAUAUACUAAACUAAAAACACAGAGCUUAAAAAAUAUAUGAAACUAAUAUAUUUAAUUAAUAUACUUAAUGUAUAUUAUUUAAGGUAGAUAAGAUAGAUAAAAUUUGAUAAGACUUGAUAGAAUUACUGCAAAGAUACGGAUAUGUUAUAUAUUAUUACAUAUUUGUGUAUAACAUAAAAAACAAAUGUAAUUUACGAACUUUAGCAAAUAUUAAAUUCUUCACUAUUGCUCUUCGUAACUGAUCAUUCACUUUUGCACGUUUUAUACAACAAAUUGCACGAAAAAUUUAUUUUUUUCAUUUCUCACAUUAAAUACUUAUUACAUAAUUGCAAAUCUACUUCUCCGCUACUUCAACAUUUUGUUAAACGUGCAGUGCUAUUACGUGAC